UUUCUUGAAGCCUUCUACUCAAUCCUGCCGGUCCGUACUUGAAAUUCUGAGUUAGUUACGAUUUGUGAGUCCGCCGAAUUCCGCGAGGAAUUCACUCCGGCAGGAAUCCAAACUCUGCCGAAAGUUUUUCGUAUGACUUGGGCAACUUUCGCUUUCUCUGAAGUACGAGACACUGAGACGCGUGGUUCUGACGUCAAUUUGAAACUUACUGCGACAGAGAGAGAGAGAGAGAGAGAGAGAAAGAGACUCCCUCGGACUUGGAAUUUGACAAAGUUUUACCGCGGGUUAGACUCUUCCCGUACCACCGAGAUAGAAAAGCAGAUCGAUCACUUCGGUCAUAUAGAGCGCAGUCCAUUAAAUUGACAUUGACAUAAUAAAACACUGAUACGGAUUUGCCAACUAUAUAUGCAUGUACACGUGACUAAACAUUCGCAGGAACGAACGCGGCCGUGAAAGCCAAAUAUCUUCACGAAUUUUGCUACAAUGUCUCUCUGUACUGAACACUUUAUCUAAACCGUCAGCUGUCAAUUGGCGACGAGCGACUGUGCUCUAAUUUUACGAGCCACGUGCCACGUGUUUUACGAGCCAGCAUUCUCUUUUGCCUGUAUUUUCGACACGCGCGAGAAAUUUCGGUGCGUUAACCGCGAAAUAUAUCUCGGCAGAAAGGAAGCUGUGUUCGUUUGUCGGCGCGCUUAUGUAACGCAGUCUCGCGACCGAGAACUCCGCGCCAAGCGCGAGAUGAAUGUCGACAUUAUGUGUAUGUAUGUAUGUGUGCCCGUGGAAAUGAACGAGGAACGCGAAUUAUUAGGUGUCUCUUUAUUUCUGCAAGGAGGCUGACGGAGGCCGCUCAAAAAUAUCGCUCUUAUCCUCUUAAAAGAAAUGAUGUGCGGAGGAAAGCGCUUCUCAACAGAGCGCGUGGAAGUUAUUGAACUUCGGCGUACCACGUGGUCGCAUGAAUCUUCACGCUCGUACGCUACAUGGUCACACGUGACCAAGUUCUGUCAUACAUACGCACACGCACACGGAACGCAUCCUUGAUCCUGGGCAGUUUAUCGCGUUAUGACGUCGACAUGCGCGCCUUUGGAUGACAAUACGUUCUUUCCGGCAUCCCAGAGUAUCUAAUUCUUCUUUGACAUUUUAUCUGUUACAGAUCUGUUGCGCUAUAUUUGUGUUAUUUUGCAUAUUCAUUAUCGGUAGGAGGGUGGCACAUUGGUAUCAUUGUUUCAUAUUGAUUCGGAGUCGCUUAUUGAGUGACGAAGUUCUGCUGAGAGGACACACCGCGAUUCGCGACAUCGCGGGUCGACGCGAGAUCGAUCGACACCUCGUGCGAUUCGCGUCCUUUUUUUCUUCCUAUCAUUUCGUUCACGCGAGCCCUCGCGUGGCCAGGUGUCCGCGAUGCUGAACCGGAUACACGGAGGACGUGCACGGGCACUCUCGACGCGGCACUCGUCGUCGCGCUCUCCGAGCGCUCUGCCUAAAUCUCUCUCCGCUGGCGUGCGUUUACGAGGAGAAGCCGUUUUAACUGGCUGCAUCACGUGACGAGCUAUGCUGAAUGCGUACACCACAGUAGAAAUUGAAGUGGUGCGGGGCAGUAGUCGCUAGACAUCCUCGGUCGCCGACGCAUUAACGCCAACUGGGUAGUCGCGCCGUCGUCCGCAGGAUCGGGUUACGUUCGGGGGUUGCGGAAGUCGUCGUUGUCGUUUUCGUUCUCCUCCUCGCCGUCCUCGUCGUCCACUCGCGGAUACGCAUCAUCCGACGUGAGGCACCGCAAACGAAGGGAAUCACACGACCUAUGCCCCGGCGAUUGCUGAGAGCCGAUUAAGAUCGUAACAGUGACACAUAAGAGGAACCCGCGGCUACCAUGGAGAACUCGAAGGAGGAGAGCAUUAAUAUGCAGCUGAUCGCUUCGCAGAGCCCUUUCAAGGAAAACAGUGAGAUCGUAGCGAGCGUGGUAAAUAAUACGGAAGUUGUAUUAUCCCCGACCGCGGACACGGAAGAUUAUGAUCCUCACAAGCACCGUAACCGGCCGAAUCCCACUUCGAACGCCGAGACCCUGAUUCAUUUGCUGAAGGGUAGCUUGGGCACGGGGAUAUUAGCGAUGCCGAAUGCAUUUUGCAAUAGCGGCCUCCUGGUGGGCGUGAUAGCCACGAUUAUCAUAGGCGCGCUGUGCACCUACUGCUUGCACGUACUGGUCAAGGCGCAGUACAAGCUGUGCAAGCGAUUGAGGGUUCCUAUACUGAGUUAUCCGCACAGCAUGAAAUACGCGCUCGAGCUAGGUCCUCGAUGCGUGAGCUGGUUUGCGCCCUACGCACCAGGACUCGUAGACGGGUUUAUGAUAAUCUAUCAAUUGGGAAUUUGCUGCGUUUAUAUCGUAUUUGUAGCAACAAAUAUAAAACAGGUGGCAGACCAGUACGGGGAUCCUUUGGAUAUUUCGACCCAUAUGCUCAUUUUAUUGCUUCCGCUGAUUUUGAUAAACUACAUUAGAAAUCUGAAGUUACUGGCGCCGUUUUCCACGCUGGCGAACCUUAUCACGUUCGUCGGUCUCGCCAUGACACUAGUGUAUAUGUUUGACGGACUACCGCCGAUCAGCGAGAGGGAGAUGUUCGGUACAUUGCGAAAUUUUUCCCUCUAUUUUGGAACGACGUUAUUUGCGUUAGAAGCCGUCGGCGUGAUUAUCGCACUGGAGAACAAUAUGAAGACGCCGCAGUACUUUGGCGGUUACUGCGGCGUACUGAACAUCGGAAUGACCGUGAUCGUCAUUCUCUACAUAGCGAUGGGAUUUUUCGGCUACAUUAAGUAUGGAGAUCAGGCCGAAGGAAGCGUCACUUUCAAUCUGCCGAAGGAGGAAGUUAUGGCGCAGAGCAUUAAGAUAAUGUUCGCAAUCGCGAUAUUUAUAACGUACGCCCUGCAGGCCUACGUGCCAGUCGAGAUUCUGUGGAACACCUACUUGGACCAGCGGGUGCGAAGCGGCAAACUUUUCUGGGAGUACGUGUGUCGGACCGUUGUCGUCUUGGCCACGUUUGUAUUGGCGAUCGCCAUACCGCGGCUCGGCCUAUUCAUCUCCCUGUUCGGCGCGCUUUGCCUGUCCGCCCUUGGCAUCGCCUUCCCGGCGAUAAUCGAGAUAUGCGUGCUUUGGUCGGACAACGACUUCGGCCCCCUCAAAGUCAUGAUGAUCAAGAACAUCCUACUUAUCGUGUUCGGACUGCUGGGCCUCGUGGUGGGCACCUACGUCAGUAUCGUGGACAUAGUGAACUCCUUCAAGUGAACGCGCGCGACGGCAGUCCGCGACGAGAAGGCAAGACCAAGAACAGAAAAGGGAAAGAAAAGGAAACAACGGCGCGGAUCUCUCCGCAGGAUAUUAGCUAUCAAUAGGGGGCCGUGCGUGCGCGCGCGAAGCGGCCAGCUUUUGCGGCUUGCUGACGAGGAAGACCCAACCCCCCCGAUCGCGACAUCGUCCGGGGUCCACGGAACGCUCUCCGAACGCUCUCGUCACCGCCAUAAGUUUACUUAGACACUUUUUCCGGGUAGCGGACAGUAGACUUUUUAGCGCGCCGCGAAGAGCACUCUCGAAAUCUCGCGACAUACGACAGCCUCCGGCGCGCGAUCCCAGGGGGCGCGAUCUGUGAUUGAAAAGCUUUUUCCGAAGCGUCCGCCGACGUCCUCGCGUAUUUACGUACGUACGUCGGGACGUCGUCGUCGCCGCAGGUCGUUGUUGACGAUUUUUUAUCACCCGCUUUAGAUUAACGCAUUUCUCCUACACUGAAAAAAGAAGUUUGGUAAUAGUUACCAAGUGCGUUUUACCAUACCAUUUGGUAAAUAGUAACCAAUGUGGUAAAUGUUACCAAAUGUUUGGUAAUAAUUACAAAAUUGUUAGUAACAUUAACUUUC